AUGUCUGGACCCAAGGCGAAGCUCACCUUCGACACACUCUCUGCACUGAGACCCCGCAAGAUCGACCCCAAAUAUGCAGCACUCGGGCAAAUGACCCGUAUGGUCGAGGCUGCUGAGCUGAAAGCCCGUGGACCAGGUGGGAAACCCAAUGCUUUUGUCAACAAGACCUCUGCCUUUCUCGAGAGGAUGGCGAAUCGCAGUCCUGGUCAAAAUACCCGUAAUCUACGCAAUGUACAGCCUUUAGGCGUCUCUUCCAGCAGACGGCCACAAGGACAAGCCAAAACUCAAGUGUCUGAAGAGAAGAGCGUUUUGACCGCUGCACUCGAUACACUGGCUUCACGCAGGUCACCUACAGGUGCUACGGGACCUAGCAGUAUGGGUGGUUCGGGCAGUGAUCGUGUCAGCUUCCGUCGUGAUGUGGCGAGCCUCGAUCGAUUGGCAGCAAGUGCAGGGAUUGAUUCGUCAGCGGGUGCUGUACAGAAGCGACGGUCGUAUGCGGAUAAAGUCGCUGAACGGCAGCGUGGUACACCGUCUAGUGUUCCAGGGAAGGGCACCAAGACUGGUACACGCUUCGCCUUGCCUGCUGCAUCUACUAUGAAUGGUGGACGUCGAAUGGGUGGUCCUCAGCGACGGGGAGGUACUGCAGGAGGACCUGGUGGACCGCGCAAGGUCGGCGAGACGGGUAAUCGACCCGCUCGGCCGCAGUCCAAGGUUCAACUAGAUGAAGCAGAGCGUCAGCGCAGACUGGAAGCGCGUCGUGUGGCAGAACGGCCAGUAGCAGUCGACUAUGAAGCACCCGACUUGGCACAUUUGACAGAGCAGCUUACUUUGGCGGAUGCCAACGAGGCACAGGAAUCAGGGUGGGCGUCAUACAAGGCUGUGGCCAAGCUUCUACAACAGGGACACGAUGCAACAACGCUUGUUGCAACAAAUCGGUCCAUUGUCCCCAAGCGUGUCGUCUUGCAAAAGAUCGCGGGCUGGCUACCGGAAGUGAGGCCCAUCAGCAGGACUUCCCAGCCGGAGGCCUAG